UCUACCAACAAUUUUGAUCCUGAGUCAUGGCUUUGCCCAGCACGUUGUUGGGGUGCCAAAGAAUAGCACACCGCCGCGCCAAUGCAACGCAGGCGUUUCAGGACAUGCUUCGUCGCAGGUGUUGCUGGGUUGCUAUGCUUUCAGCAAACAUUUGUGCCUUUGCCAUUCGGAAAGGGCGAGAGGACCGGCAGCAAGCAAGCAGAGAACAAAGAAUUAUCCGCCUUGCCUGCGUGGUCUGACGCUUCACAAGAUUCGCGCCGGCUCAGAUCAGCAAUUGAAAGCAUCCUCCGUGAGCAACAGGCAUUGCGCGAGGAAGCUCCUCUGGUCACAGGCGGUACAAUUUUUUCAGUCUUAUCGGCAGCAGCACUUGCAACUCUUGCCCACACUGCCUGGGUUGGUACAGCUGCACUACCUGUAAUUGCCAGUGCAAUUUUUUCUUACACAUCAGUGGCCGAAAGCUCCGGAACGAAGUCUCUUGGACUUGGCCGAUGCAGCUUCUCGCAGGCUCUUGCGGACGCAGCGGAACAGGAGAGGAAAUUGGCUGUUGCAGAAGUUCCCAAGGCUUUGCUGCCCUUUGGGGCUGGAUGUACAGCAAUUUUUGCUGCAGUUUGUGUCACCUUGAAGAUUUUUGAAGAAGAUCCAGCCAAUCUAGGAUCCGCAUUACCUACGCUUGGGUGGCCCUCGAGAGCAGACAGCUUUCCAGCUAUGCUCGGGUGGUUGUUCUGCUUCGGUUCAGUUGUUGGAGCUGCGGCAACGAAUGACCAAGCUCUGCUAGUCAUCUCAAAGCUGCGCCCACAAUUGCGCAACCCGUUGCAGGACGAGGACGAAAACGAAGUGAUUAGAGAGAUGGAGGACGGUGAGAUCGAGGUUGGGCUACGUGCACGAGUAUUGUUGGCCUUUCUCAGCAUUGUCCUGUGUUUCGUUCCCCUAUUCUUGUUUGAGCAGAAUCCUUCGACCCAAAGCCUUAUGACGGCAGCAGAUGAAGUCGCAGUGAUUGUGUCCGCAAGUGCGGCAGCACAGACAGCGUUUAGCUUCCUGCUUGCAGAAAAGUCUUUUGCUGAUGCAGAACGGCGGAUAGCUGCCCAAUCACGACAAGCUGCUCUAUCUGAGCUCUUUUUUGCACAGGCACAAGCGGAUGCAGCAGUCUUAGCUCCAAACAGUGCGAUGAGCGCUACCAGCUUAGGGCUUGCCUCUGUAGCUGCAGAGUUCUCCAAGACCUUAUCAUCUGGGGCUUUGUGGCCAGCUGUUGCCAGUACUUUUUAUUCGACUGUGAGUGCCUUGACCUCGCGAGCUGAAGCUGAUGCUGCCUAUCUUGAGAAUGAGGCUUCCAAGCGUGCACUUGAGGGAAUGGAAGCAAAUGUGGACACUGUCUCAGCAGCCAUCAGCGAAUUUCAGCAACUUCAACGUGAUCUUUCAGCAGAUGAUCUUUCUGAGAACAUUCGGAUUGCAUUGAAGGGUCUAUCGGUUGGUGAGACAAGAGAAUUUCGCGGACUGUCCAGGGAUCAACGGCGAAAGGUUCAUUUACUUGCUGCGGAACUUGGCAUGGUUUCCCAGUCCUUCGGAUCGUCCUUCGGUCCUUCGGGUAGAGUCACGAGAAACGUUCUCGUCCUGUGUCCUUCAGCCGGUUCUCCCUCGUUACAUCAAGAGAAGCAAGAUCCUUUCGAAGCUGCUCAACAAGACUUGCAGAGGUUCCUCCAGACAUUAACGGAUGAGGGUAAAGCAAUCCAAAAGACUUUGGUGCAAGGUGGCUGGGUGCCAGUGGCAGGCAUGUUUGUUUUGGGCAGUGCUGCGUCACCUGUACUUCUGGGCAGGGUCGGCGCUGAGCUGUUGCUGCCGCUGGCAACGGGAACGGUUGGGCUGGCGACUGCUUGGCAGGAAACAGCUGGGAAAGGAGCGGUUGCAGUGGCAAAAAGGCAGACAGCAUUCCUCUUGACCAAGGAGGCCCAAGCAGAAACCCUACUCGGGCGCGCACAACUUGCAUAUGCAGCUUUCCCUACAGAUGUGGCAAUAGCCACUUUGGCAACAACUGCAACUGUGCUGUCUGCUGAAAUGAAUUUGUCUGCAUGGUGGAAGUUCCUUGCAAUGCUGGCGGUCAUCCCAGCAUACAUGGCAUGUUUAGUAGCCAUGCAUCGGAGACGAAAAGUUGAAAGAUAUGUGGCGGCUUCCAUGAGAUGCGUUGAUGCAAAGCCAAUACGAGUUCGUGCUCGAACUUGGAAGCAGAGGUGUUGGAUUCUUCCGCUUCUCCUUUCUGCAAUCUUCCCUUGCGAUCUUUGUUCCAGAGCUACCAUUGCGUGUGCUACUUUCGCUGCUGAAAUUGCGUUGGGGAUGGCUGAAAGCUCCCAACAGUUGGCAAAUGCAACAGGUAGCCUUGCAAGGGCAGGCUGUGUGGUGGCGACUGCGGAUGCAUGGUCACAGUUGGCCCAAUUCUCGGCACGAGCUUUACCAGCCCGGACUUCUCUUGCUGUUGUGAGCACGUUGAUGGCGACUGCAUUGGUCGAGUACUCUCUUCCCGUGUGUGCCUUAUUCCCUGCUUUCGGAGCAGCGGUCUUUGUACGCUCUUUGCAAUUGAACAGGCAAUCCCAGCAAGCUUCUGCCAAGCUCGAGGAGGAGUUCAUGGACAUGCAAGUUCUGCGCAAGGUCGAACCUUGGGCACGAUUGCGCUCAAUGUCCGAUUCCUCCAAUCGUCCUGAGCGGUCUUUGAGGCCAAAAGGAACGGGAAGAAUUUCGGUGCUUGAAGCACUUUCUCCUAUGAACGUGGCAAACAGAGCACUUCGAGGAGCUGUGAGGCUGAAAAAGAUUUGGGAAGAUCGCAGUCCCGCUGAAGCUUACAAACCAGCACCGGCAGUUCAGGCAGUGAGAAGCGUUCAGGCAAAUUUGAAUGAAAUCCGUUCGUUGACGAGGUACACUCGGAGCUCCUGGUUUCGUACCUUCUCAGUUGUUGGAUUGCUGACUUUGGCGUCGGUUGUACAACCCUGGAUUCUGUUUUCCAGCAGUGAGGUCGUGUUGCCAGUUGCUGGGGCAGUGCUCACCAUUUUUGUGGCUGCCUCUGAAAGUGAUGCUCGGCGAAGUGCUUCGGCUUCCAAGGUGAAGGCUGCAGAUUUGAAAUCUGCUACAAGCACCAUGGAGGAGUUCACUGCCUCUGCAAUGCAGUUCCGGUCAUUUCUCCUGGCCGCGGCUGGCUGCACUGCUGCGACUUGUGUCCUUGCUCUGAUCUCGAUCAAACCCUGGGUGUUUUCAUCAAGGUUGUCAUGGCUGCAGACAAUGCAGCACUGUUGGAGCUUUGGGUUGGUAGUGUUCCACUUGGUUGCUGCCGGUGCAAGCAUGUUGCCUUUACAGGCUGUAUUGCUAUGGACGUCCAAAGUCAAACUUGACAUGCCAGCCUCAAGGAGCACAAUCUAUCCACCGCCUUUGCGGCCUGGCAUCGUCUCAGAGGGCCCGUUACCGAAAGGUUCUCGUUGGUGUGACCUUUGGUGCCGCAACCGAUGGACCUUUGUGCAGCCUUUUCUGGCAACUCUUCCUGGCAUACUUCUUGCGGUGCUUCCCCCAAAUAGGACCUUUGAGGAUAGGGCGGUUGCAUCGACAGCUGUGAGCAGCUUUGUGGUGGCUGGCAUGCUGUUCCUAGCGGAGCGUGCUCUUUUCCACGUGGAGCUGCUCACUGCAGGCCGCAGGAUGAGCUUUGCCCUGACUGAUACACUGGCAAAUGAGGCUGAGCAGCAAAGUGCGUUGUUGCCAGUGGCUACGGCAGCAACGAUUGCUGUCUCUGCAGCGGUGACUUUUGGGGUUGAAUUGAAUCCUUUUGGAGCUUCAGCGUUGGCACUUGUGCAGGCCGUGACUUGGAUCUUGGCAUCAAGGAAAGCCCUCCAAGCUAGAUUUGGCAGUGAUGCAGCGAUUCAGGCCUCAAGUGUGACUGAGAGCCGAAUGGCCCGCCCUGGGCGACCAUUGAAGGAGAGCCCUUCUCAGCGUGGACAGUGGCGAAGCUUUGUCAGUGUCUUCAGCAGGCCAAUGCGAUAGAACAAAAUAUAAAUUUGCUGCUUGAACACAGCAAGAACCAGGUGGAAGCGUUUGAUAGAAAUUAGUUGGGGGCUGUGGCCGUUUUGAAGCGCAAGACUACAGGGAUUGUUUAAAGAACAAAGACUCUCUCAGGAGCAUGUCCUUGGCUGAAAACUUAGUCCCACCACUUCAAUUCAAUAGACAUGAGGGAAAGGUUUCUGCCGGAGUCAGACGAACAUUCAUUGGACAAUGGUGCGGUUCUUGAGCAAUUCUUUUGAUCCUGCCUCAUUCUUUCGACCUCAUCAAGCAGGCCCACAGCAAUUACUUAACGAC